AUGUCAGAUAAGGCUAAUACCUCAUGCUUGUAUUUUCCAGGAGAGUACUGCAGGAUGGGUGACCGCGAUGGCAAGCAGGUGCUCAUGUGUUCCUGGGGCAAAAAGAACGAGCCUGCAGUGAAGAUGGACCUGGCAACCGCCACCCUGCCUAGCAACACUGAGAAUUCCAAGGCCCCCAGGUUUCAGGGAGUGACCCCUACACACCUGCAGAAGAGCUGGCCCUCCAAGCAGGAGUGUGACCUCCAUGUGCACAACAGCCCGCCUGACCCUCGCAACCUCACGUCCACCUUCCUGUGUCCCACAAACAAGGGAUACGAGGUGAAGCCCCUCCUCACAGAGGCACUGGGGCUCAAGGUGGGGGAGGAGCACCCAUUACCAUGGUACCCACCGGUCUGCAACAACCUGCUCGACAUCCCAGAGGGCAACUCCAAGUCCUACGACCACGUGCCCUCCAUGCAUCUCGACCAGAGAAAAAACAUUCCUCAGAAGCUGGUGGAUAAUACACACACUGAUUACCUGCUUGAACACGUCAACAAUGGGAAGGUGACAAUUGAGGAGCUGGGUCAAAGGAUCUUGUCAGGACUUAAACAGAACUCUGGCCCCAAAUGGAUUCUGUUCAACCUGGCGGGGCUGUACUGGAGAAUAAUCGGUAACAACUUCCACGCGGUUGAGUGUUUCCGCCGGUCCAUCUACACGGCCCCGGAAGAUGUGCAAGACGUCCCAGAAAUCAACCUCGCCAAUGUGCUGUACAGGUGGGGUCGCUACGAGGACGCGAGAGCCAUUGUCCGGGAAUCUAUGAAACUGAGCGUAUAUGAGCCAGCCACAAACUUCCUCAUGGGAAACCUAGAAUGGGCCCUGAAGAACUACUCGGGCGCCAUAUACCGAUACGAGCAAGCACUAGAGGCAGACGAGAGCUACCCAGAACUGCUCAACACCCUACGGGCUCUCAAGUGCUACCUGAAAUACCUGCAGCCCCAACAAUCUGCUGCUCCAAUCGAGGAAAAUGGUGAGGAGAAAUGCGUAAUGGAGACACGAAAUCGUAACAAACAAGGCAAACCCAGCCCUGUCCAGUGCGGCUGCCAGGCUUGCUGCAACAGCUGCUGUGGCAGUUCAUGUCCCCAGCCUCGGGGUCCCAAUGAACCAGCUAUCCCCAAUCUCUCACCUAGGGAGGAGGAAUUGCUCAGAAGAGAUAUCAAUGCGGCGGAUUUGGAGUCCAGGAUGUUACAGGCACACGAGGUCCGUGUUGAGGACUUCCUGGGCACGCAGUCAUGUGACACUGAGGACUGCAAGAACCUCAAAGUGCAGAUGGUAGUUGUAGAUUAUAUGGAGUGUUUAGUUCCUCUACAGCCACAGACCGGUGGCCAGUCGCCCCACAUCAAACUGGAGUACAUCAACGGACAGCUGUACCAGAAACUGAUCUUUGCCCCCUCGCCUAAUGAGCUCACGGUACAGCCAGAGGACUGCGUCUUGUUCAACGACGGCACAAGGUCGGAAGGUUGCUCGCGGGCAGAAUUUGCGGCCUAUAUGGAAAAGUUAAAAGCCGGUGGAGAGCGUACAGAAUCCGUGACCUUGUUCAUCAACGGUCAGCUGACUAAGAUUUUGCCCCUGAGUGGGGCCCAGGGGGCGGGGCCUGGAGCUGAACACCUUCACAUUCACCUGGACAGUAGAACCAUGGGUGUGAGCCUCAACCCUGUGAACAGGCCAGGGGGCGCAGCCUGUGACAAGGGAGAGGACUCUACACAGAUCUCAAUGCUGGAUAUCAGUGACGAGGAAGAGGAGUUAGAGGACCUUGACCCGGUCAGGAGUGUGGCCGGACCCCCGGUAGCCCCACCCCCUUUUCAGGACGUGGAGGGUGAGGGUAAUACCCGCCCCUCUGGUGACCAAGGAUCUGUAAGCAAGAGGCGGAAGGAGAUCCGACAGCUUCCAGAGUCUGCUAUACCAGACAUGAGGAAGUAUGCAUUGAAGAGACAGCGCCUAGCAACGCCGUCUGCCGCCGAGUGCAAGAGUCUGCCUCACAUUGACCUCAGUCAGUUUACAAGUACCUGGCUGUCAUUGUCAGUGAAAAAUAUCAGACUGGGUCAGCACCUGGACCUGCGUGAGAACAUCCCGCGUAAGGACCUCCAGCAACCAGUCUGCGCGUACAAGGUGCCUCCUCAGCCCCUCGUGGACAGCCUGCCAGGGGUCAAACACAAGAAUGAGCUCGACUAUCAACCAGAAGUUGGUUUGCGAACGGUCCUACAGAAGAGCACUGCCCAGGCUCAGUCAGUGGAGGUGAUGGGGGCCAGGAUUGCACGCGCCCUUGCCAAGAACGAGACCUCCUGGGUGCUUACCAGUCUGGCCGCGCUGUACUGGCGUGUGAGGGGCCAGGCAGGCAGGGCCAUUGACUGCCUGAGGGUGGCGGUCCACACUGCCCCACGCACAUGCAAGGACGUUCCCAUGAUGAGUAUUUCCAACAUGCUCCACCGGUCGGGCUACAUCAACGAUGCCAUAGUUCUGGCUGGGCAGGCAAUGGAGGUAUCUCCCAACCUGGUGGUGGGACAUUUCAACAUGGCCAACAUGUUUGCAGUGAAGGGGCAAUGGGAUCUGGCAGCCAUGUUUUACGAGUCCACCCUAGGUCUGCAGGCAGAAUUUGAACCUGCAAAAGUGCGACUGAAGAUCGUGCAAUGUCGGAAAGUUGUGCAACCACCUCCUCCUCAACUGAGCUAGCUUGCAAAGAGUUGAGCCUCAUUCUGUGAAACCUUGGGUAAAUGCAUGUGAAUAAAGUGUUGUCACAGUCCACACAGGCUUAUUAUAAGGGACAACUAUUUUGGCUUAACUAGACUUUUGGUUAGAAGAGACUUCGUUUAAAGCGAGAUUAUAAGAUUUUUAAUGUGUUAAUUGUAAUAUAUUGAUAAAAUAUGUUACAAUAACACAAAAUAGGCAAGAAAAAUUAUUGAUUGAAGACGAAUUUCAUAAAAAUGCAGCAAAAACAAAUUAGCGCCCCAAGCCGAUUGUCACAAAGAUAUUUCGUACAUAUUUUCCGUCAAUAACCGUAGCAUUCGUGAUUUUAGUUAGUGUUCGUGUCGUAUGAAAAGAUAUCCUUGCAGGAAUUUUAAAUGAACCGUUCAACUAAAUUUAGAUUCAAUUCGUACAUGCAUGAUUUACAUGCUGGCUAAUUUGACUGUUCAGACAUUUUCAAUUUCAGAAUUAAAUAGCUGGCUUAUUUUGCAUUUUUCGACAUAUGUUUUUCUUAACUUUUAUUUUAAUUUUUAUUCAAAUAUAUGUUUAAUAAGUUUUUUACACAUUUUAUAUAAAUUAAUAAAUAUUUGACAUAAUUGUAUAAUCUCGCUUUAAAACAAAAAUUUCCAUAAAAGCACUAUCAUCACUGAUAAGCCUUUGCAGAUUUCACAUGCUAAUCUGGUUUGACACCUUACGCACAUGUAUUAAGUACAGCUUUCCCAGAACAAGGCACAUUUUGUUGUGAAUAAAUGCUUGUCAUUUAAAAUGAAUGGAUCUCAAGUUUCUAUAGUGAAAACAAAAAUGAGCCUGUUGAUGAAAUCAACAUGCUGGGUAAAUGCUUGUGCUUUAGUUUAACCUUGGUAGCACUCUACAAGUUACAUUUAUAGUUCAUUCUUAAUGAAGCUUGUUCAGAACCUUUGGUCAAAUGAUAUCUUGGGCUGCACAGAACAGGUUAGUUCCUUUGUAUCUCAGGUUAGCAACUUUUGGAAUUUCAGGCCCUCUUGUUUUUUAAUGCCCUUUGUCAUAAUUGUGGCAGGAGGGUAUAUUUGGUUUACCAUGUCAGUAUUUAUGUGUGUGUUAAAAACAGUUUGUAUGCAUGUAUACGUGGGUAUUAAAGUGUCUGGUACAUUUUCCAUUUACCACUUAGAUACAUAUUUUUAAUGCAUUUGUAGUCCCUUAGAAAGUUAUAUUUAAUUAAAUACCUUUCUUACUAAAUUCAAGUUUUUAAGGCUUCAUCUCCAAACCUUAGAUACUGAUGAGCAGCAAAUAGCAUAAAACCUGAACAGACUGCGAGUUACUGGCAGGCUGUUUUGGUUUUAUGCUGUUUGCACAUAGCCAUUUUCAUGUUGCCUCUAAGUGGGAAAGGGUUAUGCUGUGUAUGAUGGGAUUUCAAAAUUAAUUGGCACAUAUUAUCAUCAUAUCAUGUUUUUGAAAUCCCAAUAAUUAUUUUUUGACUUGUAUUGCCUGCAUUUGUUUUAAUAAUUUGUGAGAGAGAGUUAUUUUUAAGACUGACAAAAGUAUUUAUUUUGGUGGAAAUACUAAUCUAUGAUUUGUCUUCAGAAUUUUUAUGAUUUGGCCAAGACAAGUCAGUCUAUGUGAUGACCAACAAGAGAUCAUCAAUGGGAAAUGUAUAGUUUUUAAGUUAGAGCUUUUAGCUACGUUUAUAUGUGUGCAGAAUAUGAUAGGUAUCUCUUGAUUUUAAAAUAAACGCUUUUUAACAUAAUGGUAACAGAUUGAUGAUCUCUUGUUUGCAAAGGCCUUGAAAAUAACACAUUAAAUUGGAGUGUGGGCUCUUAUAAUGAACAAGAUUUUCGUUUUGGUCAUCACAUAGACUGAUUCAAGCAACAUUAGUAAAAUGUUUUCUCAAUAGAGAAAAUCAUGGAUAUGUAUUUUUUUAACAAAGAGAUAGCUAGGAGUGAUGUCAUGUUUGACUAAGGAUUUUAAGGGCUUAUUGCCAAGAGAAUUUUCAUGAUUGUGUAUAUCUUAUAUUUCAUGGCAAACUCUUGUUUCCCCAAAUACGAAGGCUAUUGAAAUGUCAAAGUAACAUUAACACACAAAAUCAACAAAUAUUUUGCAAAAUAUUUCGUAAAAUAAAAUUAAACCAUAAAAAGUUAGUGUGCCUUAUGGCAAUAGCCAAAAUUUCAAUGCUAGAUGUUUUAUGGUAGUAAAGAUUUAACAAGAUAAAAAAUGCUCGUUUUUAUUUUUUGUGGCAAAAUAUAGUCCACUUUAAUUUCCCGCAACUAUAUCAAUUCAUACAACACACAAACUAUGACUUGGUAAAUCAACAACAUGUGUUAAAUAUAUUGUCCCACAAAAAAUAUUCAUUGAUUUUGAGUAUUUAUGUUACUUUAAAAGGGUUACUUUAUUUUAUUUAUUGUAUAAUCUUUUAUCUUAUUGGUAUGUUUUCUUUGAAAUUGUUGUUUUGCGAUUAAGUGUUAAUUAAAAAAUGUUGUGUAAUUAUAUUUAUUAAUUUUGUAAAAAAUAAAUAAUUAUCUUUUAAUUACAAAAAAUUGUUUGACAAUUGGUAUAUUGGCAUUUUGCAAGCAUACAGAUCAUUUAAAUAAAAUGUAAAAAGAAGA